CCUCACACCUUUACAGACAUGAAAGCUCCAGCAGGAGCUCCACUGACAGCUGUGUGCCCAAUUUACAAGAGUAUUUUUAACAGAUGACAGCCACAAAAUAGCUUUCUUGGAUAGAUAACUUUAUUUUUUACAUUUUUAAUACAGUUGAAAAGGAUCCAUUCCAUUUUUUGCAAGGAAAAUAGGAUUCUCCUCCAGUCUGGACACACGCAGGUCUGAGUUGCCAGGUUGGUGUGAACAGCUCAGGUGCAGCAGAAUUCCUUCAUUAGUCAAAUCGCAUCAAACUGACAAUUGUUGUCCUGCAGACUUUAAAGAGUAAUUUCCCACAAAGGGAAUCUAAUUAUUUUUCUUUCUAUCACAUUAUCCGACUGCUUGGCCUUAUUCACACCACGGUGAUAACUUGCGGUGUUCUUUGAACUUCUGUCGCCUUAGCUGUGAACUCAUAAACCUCCAGAGUUUCUAUAUAAAUACGCUUAGGUUAAAAAAAUUUACUUUGCCCGCCUGGUAUUCGUUGAGCUCGCUGCACGGCCGUCUGGAUUUCUGACAUGGACGUGGAAGCUGAGAUCCUGUCUGAGUGGAAAUGCCUGGUGAGCCCCUCUGGAGGAUUUUCAGACCCUCAUCCCGCCACCUUUCCUCAAUCCCACAUGGAUUCCACAUGCUCCUCACCCGAGAUGAGCUAUCCCAAUAGCCAUCGGGAGUUAAAGGAUUUCUCGGAGCGCAGAGUGACUUCAACCGCGCAGAGAUCGAGCAAGUCCAAAAUGUCCACCAAACGGCGCGUGAAGGCCAGCGAGAGGGAGAAGAUGCGCAUGAGAAGCCUGGCAGAGGCUCUCCACCAGCUGCGCGACUACCUCCCGCCGGAUUACAGCAAGAGAGGCCAGCCCCUGACCAAGAUACAGACACUGAAAUAUACUAUUGAAUACAUCAACAAGCUUACAGACAUUCUGAGCCGUGCGUAAAGGCGCGCAGUUUGGACAGUUUUACGCACUGGAAUGAGGGGAACAGCAGCUUCAGGAUCCCUUCAGAAAUCAAUUUAUGUUGGAGUUACAGAUCACGGCUGUCUUUGCGUUUGGUUUUCUCCCUUUUUUGAGUGGCAAAUUUGCUUGGAUGAUUGAAAUGUUUGGAUUAGUAAAGAGUAUUAGAUGUAGUAUGUGGAAUGCAACUAUGCAAAUAUUUUUUAGAACUUUUUAAGUCGUCGUGUUCAUUAUAUAUUACUUAAUAAUCUUAAUCGGUGUUUUAGAUGUCAUAUUUUUAGAAAUGCUGCAUGAUUUUGUUGUCAGAGCAUAUUCUUGUGUGUGAUAAAGAGUUUUACUUUUAUUUUUUCAGUGGAAUUAGCUUCAAUAAACAGUUUUAAAUGUUUUAAAAUAAAUCUAAAUUUCACCA